AUGGACCGCUCACGGAAACGCGAGCUGAUGUCUCUCAACCAGCGAGCAUGGAACGGAGAACCAGAUGUGUUCCCCGUCGGUUCUUCCCUAGACUCUUCGCUCAAGAAGAAUACCGCCUUCAUCAAGCGAUUGCGCACCGCCGUAACCUCCGCGACUCGGGACACCUUCCUACAAGAAAUACGAACCCUGAGUCUUACCAAAUAUCUGUCCGAAAUCAUCUCGGCCUGCUAUGAGGGACUGUGCAAGCUCAAGACACAAGGAGAGAUCGACGCCGCCGUCGAGAUAGUCAGCGCUUUGCACCAGCGGUUCGGCCCAGCCGACUUUACCGAGUAUCUAGGAUGGCUGCUUGGGAAGGGCAUGGCCACACCAGACAAAAGCCUGCUCAAGACACUGGCGCCGGAAGUCCGCGAGAAGGAAGAGAAGGAACGCCUAGUUCGACAGCGAGCUCUGCUGCGAGUCAUCACCGAGCUGUGGCUCGUGGGUAUACUGAGGACCUUGGACGAUGUGAGACCGGACGAUGCUACACGUGGUGUCAACGGAAAGAAUGCGGAGCUCAAGAUCAAGUCGGCUAGCUCUACAAAGGGCGGCGGUGCUGAACCCUUCCCCCUUGAGGUUCUCAAGGAUCUGCUAGGACACGACCGGGAGCACGUCAACCUGCCGCUUUUGGUCAUCUUCGUCAAGUCAUUCAGCUGGGAUAUCUUAGGUGUCAAGUCUGCUGGCUCUGAGGGCCGCAAAGCUGUCGGGGAAGAUGGCGCUACGAAGUCUACCGAAGGCCGAGACGAAAGUAACGGCACCCUGGUCGACGCUCCUUUCGCAAGUCCCGAGAUGCAAGAGCGGUUCAAGAACAUCUUCAAACGAUAUUUUGAAGACGUCAAGAGUCACCUUCUGAGAGACCAGAAGAGCAUUGUCGCACAAAAGGGUCGAAACUCGGAAGCCUACGUAAAGUCUGGAGAAGUGUUCGAGGAUCGCCAAGCCAAUUUCGAACGGCAGCUGAAGGCUCAGGAGCGUCUAGCCAGCAAUGCGCAGGUGGUAGCCGAUGCGAUCGGGGCGGAGAUGCCAGACCUGAAGGAGGCUGGUGACGGCUUUGCGAAUACGAAUGGCUCCAUCGGCCUUGUCAAGACGGGAGAAUAUCUACGGGGACAGAGCGAAGGCGCUGGCAUCUGGGAAGAUGAUGAUGAGCGUCGCUUCUACGAAAAUCUGGUAGAUUUGAAGGGGAAAGUUCCUGGCAUACUUCUCGAGGACGGCAAGAAGAAGAAAAUUGACCCUGAUGAGCAAGUUGGCAAGAAAGCUGACAGCGCUGAGCCUUCAGAAGUCGCCAAACCUCCGGAAGCAACCGACGACCAAUCUAUAGCUAUCGCCAACAAGACGAUUGGUGCGCAAGUCGACGUUCUCUUGACAAGGCUCCCGGAGCUCACGCACAAGGAUGUGGUAGAUCAAGCAGCCAUCGACUUCUGCUUCUUGAAUUCCAAGGCAUCCCGGAACCGGCUUAUCAAAGGUCUGACCGAGGUCCCCAAGGGACGUACGGAUCUGUUGCCAUUCUGGUCACGCCUCGUAGCCACUCUGGGAAGAUACAUGCCAGACGUACCCAAAGGUGUCGUCGAGUAUCUCGAUACCGAAUUCCGCAGUCUUCAGCGCCGCAAGGAGAAGGACUUCCUGGGACAGGUCCGACUAAGCAAUAUUCGAUAUCUUGCUGAAUUGACCAAGUUCGGCAUUGUGCCCGAGCACGUCGUCUUUCAUUGCUUGAAGGUCAGCUUGGACGAUUUCUCCAGAAUGAACAUUGAGAUUAUCUGCAAUCUCCUUGAGAACUGUGGAAGAUACCUCCUACGCAACACCGAUACUUCUCCCCGUAUGGUUACUUUUUUGGAGACGCUCCACCGCAAGAAAUCAGUGCAGCAUAUCGGCCAGCAGGAGCGUAUGCUCAUCGAGAAUGCAAUAUACUACGUGGACCCACCCGAAAGAGCCUCCAUUCAACAGAAGGAGCGCACGCCUACCGAACUGUUCAUUCGGAAGCUCAUCUACGUGGAUUUGACGAAGCGCAACUACACCAAGAUUCUCAAGCAGAUUCGACGACUCCACUGGGAGGAGCCUGAGGUGGUAGCAAUACUCGCCAAGAUCUUCUCGAGGCCUGCCAAGGUCAAGUACGGCAGUGUUCACAUUCUCGCGAUCCUCCUGAGCGCCAUUUAUCGUUACCACCCCGACUUUGCCGUCAAAGUCAUCGAGACUGUUGUUGAUAACGUGGUAUUUGGACUGGAGCAGAACGAUUUCAAGUUCAACCAAAGACGUCUUGCGGAGGUCAAGUACAUUGGCGAGCUGUACAACUACCGGAUGAUUGAGCAUCCUGUGGUCUUUGAGGUCAUGUACAAAAUCACGACGUUCGGCCAUAGUGGCCCUCCAAUCCCUGGUCGUAUCAAUGCCUUCGAUCUGCCUGACGACUACUUCCGCAUUCGUCUCGUCGCUACAAUACUUGAUACUUGUGGCAUGUUCUUCAACCGAGGAGCAGCGGGCAAGAAGCUUGACUACUUCCUUUCCUUCCUCCAGUAUUACAUAUACACCAAGCCACCCCUGCCUAUGGACAUCGAAUUCAUCGUCCAAGACACCUUCUCCCUCACAAGACCGCAAUGGAAACUAGCCACCAAUUUAGAAGAGGCCUCAAAGGCAUUCCAACUUGCGAUAGCUCAGGACCAGAAGAACGCAGGACUGGAUAGAAGCGCAGACCAUGAUGAUGCUUCCAGCAGUUCAUCUUCCGACGACGAAGGCGCAGAAGGUGAUGGCGAUCUCGUCCUUCCUGAGGCCGAUGGUGAUGAGGAUUCAGAGCUUGCGGACGAUGACGAAGAGCUCGACAACCCUCAAUCCCACGGAAAUUCUGAAUCUGAAGAAGAGGCGAUCAUUGUCACCAGAGAGGCAGAGAAGCUUGAUCCAGAGGCUGAAGCAGAGUUCGAGCGUGAGUAUGCGAAAAUGAUGGCUGAGAGCUUAGAAUCCCGAAAAUUCGACCGCAAGCCGUUGUUCGAUGUUCCCCUACCUGUUCGAGGGAAGACCCGCGAGAUCCCUACGGGUACGGAACCUGAAGAAAAGAAGGCCGAGGGGACCCCAAACACCAUGGCAUUCUCCCUCUUGACAAAGAAGGGCAACCGGCAACAGACUCGCACUGUGGCAAUGCCUUCCGACUCCACCUUUGCAGUGGCUAUGAAAACCCAACAGCAAGCAGAACGAGAGGAGCAGCAGCGGAUCAAAAACUUGGUCCUCAACUACGACCUUCGUGAGAGCGAAGAACCAGAUGGUGAUACCCUCCUGACAACCCUAACCCCCAACACAAAUAUUCACACCGCCAAAAAUCCAGGUCACGAGAAGCCGCCCGCCUAUCACCCCAACCGCCUCGAGAAACCAAAAGAACGUGGCGGACAGCGGGUUCGCAGACUCCAACUUAGCGAUGUUGACUGGUAUGACAAGACCCGCAAGAACAACAAUGCCCCACAAAAGGGGCCAGAGUCAAGCGCUCUGUCUCCGGGCGGCGCGUGCGACGAAAACACGCGUUCGCAGGACCAAGAAGAGGAAAGCACCAAGGACAAGCGUCCUGUGCCUUCUGCAGCGUCUCGAUCCCGCCGAUGGGGUCAACGAAGCCGACCUGAUAUCAGCAGCUCGUUUAUUGGGAAUGCAUCACACAUCAUACACAUGAGCCUUACCACAGAGUCCCGGCGAUCUCCUGAGUAA